UCAUAUCUAGAAUUUUGGGAGGUACGUUGAAUCAUUAAGAUCUAUCUACUUCUUAGGUGAGGAAAUAGAGGUUUAAAAUUUAGUCCACAGUCUCGCAGGGAUGGAGCCUGGAUCAAAUUUUGGGUUAUCAGAUUCCACACACAGUUCUUAGCUUUUCUUUUUUUUUUUUUUUUUCAGCUCCAAUUUCCGUCUUGCUCCAGAAAAGGGGAAGGAGCGGCUGCGGAUCUCUGUCUCCCGCCUCCUAGGGAAGGGAAGGGAGACCAGCGGUGCGGAGGCUGGGGCCCCCUUCUGGGUGGGGCCUAGUGGUGGGCGGGGCCUGGCAGUGGGCGGGGCCUGGCAGUGGGCGGCCCCUGUCCGGAAGGGGCCAGUCCGGGGCGGAGCCGACGCCCUUACAGGGGCCGGAAGUGGCCUGCGGGAGGAGGAGUAGUGGGUUCAGAGUCCUGAAGCAGUGUCCCGGGCCCUAAGGGGCGACGGCGGUCUUGUCUUUAAACUCCAGAACUACCCGUUUGCCGCGUUCUCGCCGCCGCAGGCUCCCGGGAUGAUGGUGCCCCGCCUGCUGCUGCGUGCCUGGCCCCGGGGCCCUGCGGUUGGUCCGGGAGCCCCCAGUCGGCCCCUCAGCGCCGGCUCCGGUCCCGGCCAGUACCUGCAGCACAGCAUCGUGCCCACCAUGCAUUACCAGGACAGCCUGCCCAGGCUGCCUAUUCCCAAACUUGAAGACACCAUUAGGAGAUACCUCAGUGCACAGAAGCCUCUCUUGGAUGAUGGCCAGUUCAGGAAAACAGAACAAUUUUGCAAGAGUUUUGAAAAUGGGAUUGGAAAAGAACUGCAUGAGCAGCUGGUUGCUCAGGACAAACAGAAUAAACAUACAAGCUACAUUUCAGGACCCUGGUUUGAUAUGUACCUAUCUGCUCGAGACUCCGUUGUUCUGAACUUUAAUCCAUUUAUGGCUUUCAAUCCUGACCCAAAAUCUGAGUAUAACGACCAGCUCACCCGGGCAACCAACAUGACUGUUUCUGCCAUCCGGUUUCUGAAGACACUCCGGGCUCGCCUUCUGGAGCCAGAAGUGUUCCAUUUGAACCCUGCAAAAAGUGACACUGACACCUUCAAGAGGCUUAUACGCUUUGUGCCUUCCUCUCUGUCCUGGUAUGGGGCCUACCUAGUCAAUGCAUAUCCCCUGGAUAUGUCCCAGUAUUUUCGGCUUUUCAACUCAACUCGUUUACCCAAACCCAGUCGGGAUGAACUCUUCACUGAUGACAAGGCCAGACACCUCCUGGUCCUAAGGAAAGGAAAUUUUUAUACCUUUGAUGUCCUGGAUCAAGAUGGGAACAUUGUGAGCCCCUCAGAAAUCCAGGCGCAUCUGAAGUACAUUCUCUCAGAGGGCAGCCCCGCCCCCGAGUUUCCUCUGGCAUACCUGACCAGUGAGAACCGAGACAUCUGGGCAGAGCUCAGGCAGAAGCUGAUGAGUAGUGGCAAUGAGGAGAGCCUGAGGAAAGUGGACUCAGCUGUGUUCUGCCUCUGCCUAGAUGACUUCCCCAUUAAGGACCUUGUCCACUUGUCCCACAACAUGCUGCAUGGGGAUGGCACAAACCGCUGGUUUGAUAAAUCCUUUAACCUCAUUAUCGCCAAGGAUGGCUCUGCUGCUGUCCACUUUGAGCACUCUUGGGGUGAUGGUGUGGCAGUGCUCAGAUUUUUUAAUGAAGUAUUUAAAGACAGCACUCAGAUCCCUGCCAUCACUCCACAGAGCCAGCCAGCCACUGCUGACUCUACUGUCACUGUGCAGAAACUCAACUUCAAGCUGACUGAUGCCUUAAAGACUGGCAUCACGGCUGCUAAGGAAAAGUUUGAUGCCACCAUGAAAACCCUCACUAUCGACUGCCUCCAGUUUCAGAGAGGAGGCAAAGAAUUCCUAAAGAAGCAGAAGCUGAGUCCUGAUGCAGUUGCCCAGCUGGCCUUCCAGAUGGCCUUCCUGCGGCAGUACGGGCAGACAGUGGCCACCUACGAGUCCUGUAGCACUGCCGCAUUCAAGCACGGCCGCACUGAGACCAUCCGCCCAGCCUCCAUCUAUACAAAGAGGUGCUCUGAGGCCUUUGUCAGGGAGCCCUCCAGGCACAGUGCUGGCGAGCUUCAACAGAUGAUGGUUGAAUGUUCCAAGUACCAUGGCCAGCUGACCAAAGAAGCAGCAAUGGGCCAGGGCUUUGACCGACACUUGUUUGCUCUGCGGCACCUGGCAGCAGCCAAAGGGAUCAUCUUGCCUGAGCUCUACCUGGACCCUGCAUACGGGCAGAUAAACCACAAUGUCCUGUCCACGAGCACGCUGAGCAGCCCAGCAGUGAACCUUGGGGGCUUUGCCCCCGUGGUCUCUGAUGGCUUUGGUGUUGGAUAUGCUGUUCAUGGCAACUGGAUAGGCUGCAAUGUCUCUUCCUACCCAGGCCGCAAUGCCCGGGAGUUUCUCCAAUGUGUGGAGAAGGCCUUAGAAGACAUAUUUGAUGCCUUAGAAGGCAAAUCCAUCAAAAGUUAACUUCUUGGCAGAUGAAAAGCUACCAUCACUUCCUCAUCAUGAAAACUGGGAGGCUGGGCAUGGUGGCGUAUGCCUGUAAUCCCAGCACUUUGGGAGGCUGAGAUGGGUGGAUCACUUGAGGUCAGGAGUUUGAGACCAACCUGGCCAACACGGUGAAACCUCAUCUCUACUAAAAAUACAAAAACUAGCUGGGCAUGGUGGCAGGUGCCUAUGAUCCCAGCUACUUGGGAGGUUGAAGUAGAAUUGCUUGAACCCAGGAAGUGGAGGUUGCAGUGAGCUGAGAUUGCACCACUGCAUUCUGGCCUGGGCAACAGAGCGAGACUGUGUUCUGUCAAACAAACAAAAAAGAAAAAAAAAUUGGGGCCUGUGUAGCCAGUGGGUGCUAUUCUGUGAAACUAAUCAUAAGCUGCCUAGGCAGCCAGCCACAGGCUUGAGCUUUAAAAUCAUGGUUUUAAAGCUAAACGUGUAAUUUCCACGUGGGACUAGAUCACAACUAAAGAUAACACGAGAUUUCAGUUUUAAGGGCAUUUAAUCAGGAGGAAAGGUUUGGAAAACUAACUCAGGUGUAUUUAUUGUUUAAGCCAGAAAUAAAGUUUAAUUUUUGCUUGAA